GACCUGAGCAAAAGUUGGUCGCUCGGCCAACCUCUCAACUGACUGAGCCACCUAGGUGCCCAACGAAAUAAUUUCUGAAGCUGAUACUUUGUACUUGGAGAGACAGGAAUAAUUCCAGAGAUCACUGACUGCAUAGCUCCUUGACUGAGGUCUGAAAUUACAUUUAUGUGAGUUUUAGUAUAACUAUACAACUAGAGUUACCCUAACUGCCUUUGAAAUCAUAGAUCUUUCUAGACGUUUGUAACAACUGUGUUCUUCCAUAAAUGAUCUACUCUAUUAUUUAUCAUUUUAUGGUUUCAUAUCUUUGCCAUUAAAUCAGUUGUCACUCUGAUGUUAAGUCCUCUUGUAAAAAAUGCUUUGUUUCUUUUUGUUUUCACUAUUGUUCCUGCUCUGGGCGAUUUUUAGUGUGUCAUGUAACAUUUUGCAACAUAUGAAACAUUUCUUCUUAAAUUUAACAAUUCUGAGAACUCCGCAGAUGUUCAAAAUAAAAUAUCACUUUGAUAGCACUGCAGUCCUUUUUUAGAAACACAAUUUCAAACCACAAAUAAAAGUCAUUUGCAACAGGAAAUUCCUAUAUGUGCUAAAAAAUAUUUUCUCCCAUCUUAGGGGACUUAAUUUUUAACCAGUAAUGGGUUUUAACACUGUCAAAAUUGAUACAACACUUUUUUCCUAAUACAGUAUUUUAAUUACUCUGGUUAUUCUAAUAGUGUUGAAAUAUGUCUGUGGAAUCUGACCUUACGUUAAUGAGGACACUAUUAUUCAUGAAUUCCUUUCUUCUUCACUAAUUUAGUGCUUUACAUGUUUUGCAACCAAUACUAUUCUGCUAUUAUUGUAAAUAAAAAACAUUUAUUCUAUCAUGAAACACUUAUUUCAAUCUCUACACAAGUUAGUACCAGACUUUCUAUUGUUCAACUGCAAAUGAGGAGUCUUCCUCACCCUCCACCCCACCCGGUGUCACUGUACUAGCAAUGUCGUCAGCACAUGACACACACUCUUGAUCAAGACCUUCAGGGCAGUUUCAUCCACAUUGUAGCUGACACUGCUCAGCUGCAGACAUGGACAACCAAGGCGUGACUUAUGCGGAAGUCCAUCAUGCUAAGGGCUCAAAAAGACAGCAAGUGCAACCUAAGGGCACGAAAAGUUCCAUUUCAGUAACUGAGGAGGAGAUAGCCUAUACAGAAUUGAAUCUUCAAAAUGCUUCUCGGGACCUUCAAGGGAAUGGCAAGAACUCUCCCUGCAAAGAGAAGCUCAUAGCCGGUAUCUUGGGAAUCCUCUGCCUCGUCUUGAUGUCCACUGUGGUAACAAUAGCUGUUAUUCCCUCUACUCAAGGACCAGCGCAGAACAAAACAUCCCUGGAAACGACAAUCCAGAAAGCGUGUCUCUGUUGUCAUUGUCUGAAAGAGUGGUUUACGUAUUCCAACAAUUGCUAUUACAUUAGCACUGAGGGAAAAUUAUGGAAGGAGAGUUUGACGUCCUGUGCUUCUAAGAAUUCUAACCUGCUCUACUAUGAUGAUGAAGAGGACAAGUUUUUGUUGAAUUUACUCCGCGCUAGUACAUGGAUUAGAGGCUCCCAGAGAAGCCAUCAUAGUUCAUCUGUGCAGCCAAAAGACUUAACAUUUUCUUCCGAAGUGUUGUCAGUAUCUUCAGAGAUUGACAAGAAUUGUCCAUAUAUUGAUUUUCACACAAAAAAAAUUUAUUUUGCACCGUGCUCAUUAAGAAGACGAUAUGUUUGUAAGCACCAGGCAUUUUAGUUACCUCAUUUUGGUAUAAUGCUGUUUCACCAUUGAUAAGGAAUCCAUCACUCAUUACUUCAACGGCCAUACAAUUGUUUUCGUUGCACAUUAGAAGAUAAUGUUUUUUAGUGUAAUUUUAGAUUCACAACAAAACUAAGAGGAAGUUCCAGAGAACCCUCUAUUGCCCCUGUCUGCACACGUGCAUGGGGUUUUCCAUUAUCACCAUCAUCACUAGAACGUUUCAUUUGUUAUCAAGGAUGAAUCCGUAUCAAUGCAUAUAUAUCACCCAAAGUCCAACAGUACCUGAGGCUUCAUUCUUUGUGGUAUACAACUGUUUC